UAAGUCUGACCCACCAACACUCCUAUUCGAACAUCGAAGGGGGAGAGGAGGGAGACAGUAGUGCUUGCUCUCUCUGGUCUAUGCCUGUUGGUCACCGGUACCUUCUGCCCUUUAAUCUCUCCUUUUUUUUUUUGCCAAAAACGCCGUGUAAUCUCUUCAAUUCUGUUAAUUUGGGCAUAAUACUUGCUCUUUCGCUAUCAAUCGCAUGUAUUAUCUAUUUAUCUUUAUUUCCCGAUUGAUAUAUAUGUUGAUUGUGUUCAAUUGUGGUGGUCUUGUUUUGUUUUUCUCAAGCUGUUUGCUUCUUUAUUCUUCAUAAUUGCGCGAUUAGCCUGUAAUCUUAUCAGAUUUUUUUGUGGGUUUUAUCAGUUGAUUCAAUUACAUUCUACACAAAGAAAUGAUGGGUUUGGGGUAUUUGGGUCAUGGAGGGUCUGCCUCAUCGUCGUCCAAUUUAUCGGCUUUAGCUCCACCUUUUACAGUUGAUCGAUCCAAUUCAAAACUCAAUUCAAACCCAAUUGUGCAUUUGACUGAUUCACCAUAUGCCGCAGCCUUUGAUGAAACCUGGCUAUAUCCCCACUCUACAGCUUCUAGACCUGAUUUUGUUUCCAAUCUUGACCCGGAAGUCGAUUCCCCUAGUCUGCCUCUAACAAAUGAUUAUCGGUACCCGGGUUCUCAGUCUAUCAACCCACAAAGUCAUUGGUCUAUACUAAAUCCUACUCCUAAAACUGCGACAGAUGCAUUUUCCUAUCCUGUUGGAGCUAAACCGUAUUAUCCUCUUUAUGUCUCACCAGUUAGUAAUGACGAUUCUCUAUUGGUGGCCCCAAGGAACCUUGUUAUGAUCCACUGUUGAAUUCUGGUGGUGCCCUCAUGGAUGUAUCUCCUCAAGUCGAUUACACUCGUAGCUUGUCUCCUUUGGAGUGUACGCCACAGUGGGGUGGCUUUUGGAAUGGAUUGCCCGAUGAGAAGCGGGGUAAGCGUGUAGAACUUGAUGGGAGUUUCUACUCAGUGGAGAAGAAUAUUUCUGGUUCACAUGUUUACAAGAAUUACAUAAAUCAAGGAGUUCAUUCUGAUGAGGAAAAGAGCAAAUAUGAAGAAGAUUGUGCCAUUUCACUGGGAAAAUGUACCAAUGUUUUUGGAAGAGCAAACCCCGCUGGUUCUUCAAGUACUGUGCAGUUGAAUGAUAAAUCAGUACUCGGGCGAAAUCUCAGCUUCUUUCCUUCCAAAUCCUCCAAACAAUCUACCUUGGGAGCUGGUUCACUACUUCCAGAAUCUCAUUCAUGGCCAUCAACUCUAGAAUCAGCCACAAAUUCAUUAAACCAUCAAAAUACAUACAAUUCUCAUCAGAAAUGCCUCCAACCCUUUGAUUUGUGUAUGAAUGAUUGCGUGUCGGUGACAAGAUCUUCACCUACCGUUGUCAUUAGAUCACCUGUAAUUGGGACAACUACUUCACCACCAAACAUAGACAUUAAAAAUAUUGCAGCUGUUACCCAUGAAGAAUUUGGCAGCCAUAAUUGCUCAAAAGGAAAGGAGCCUCACCUACCUCUAAGUUCUGAUGGCAAAGAAGGUUUCUUGGGUACAAGCCGACUCAGCUGUCACACAGAAACAAAUAACCACAUCUGUGUUACAUUGUCCUCGACAAAUGAAGACCUGUCAAACAAGCCACUUCUUAAGGAUGCCGUUGAUCAUAGACCCAAAGCAAGAUCUGGAUUUCAAGUUCCUGAUAUAACUGUCCCAGAUGGCAUCGCCAUCGCCUUUGAUGGUACUGGGUUCAAGUCUAGUGAGAAUUCUUCAGAAAGUUUAGAUUCACCCUGCUGGAAAGGUGCUCCAGGCUUUAAUUUUUCCCCAUUUGAAGUUUUUGAAGCUUCGGCUAAGCAGAGCCGUCCUAAAAAAAUAGAAGUUGGUUUAAAUCUUCAGGGCACUCAGAGUUUCCCUCACGCUUCCUUUCCAAAAUCCUUUGAAAAUAGUUUGCACAAUCAGAAUGGGCAUAUAGAUAAUGGUAUGUCACUUUUUCCACAGAUAACUCCAGAUACUAAUUGCCUGGUCAAAGAGCACAGGUCAGGCGAUGCUGUGAAAGCAGGAGAUCAGUGUCCAAAACUGGAUGACGGCAUAGGAGUUCUAUCUUCUGAUUUACCCUAUGAAUCAAAGGGUGAGUGUAACACUAAACCUUCUCACAGUGCGAAAGAGAGUCACGAAGAGGAAGAUUUUACAUGUACAAAGCUCAAGUUAUGUGCUGGUGUUGCAGAGACUCUGAUGAAUACAAAUGAUGCCUCAGAAGAUGGCCAUGUUCCAUUCCAUGUUGUGGAAAAUGUCUUAUCAUCUUCACCCUCUUCGGGAGAAGAUGCUACUAACCUUGCAAAACCUCAUGUGAUGGAAUCAACGCCCAAAAUGGGCAUUCAAUUUGUGGUUAAUGUAAUGCAUGACCUUUCAGAAUUGCUUCUAUUUUGUUGUUCCAAUGAUGUGUGGGGACUGAAAAAACAAGAUUGUGAAGCCCUUCAGCAUGUUAUCAACAGACUUGAUGCAUGCAGGUCAAGGAGGAUUAUAAAUGUGAUGCCACCUCAAGAAUCACUGUGUCCCCAGCAAGGAGCUUUUCAUGAAGUUCCCGAGUCAACUGAUCUUCAUAUGGGUGCCAGUGGAAGCCAGCCUCGGGUGACUAAUGAAGCAGCUGCAAAUUGGCAUGGUGCACUUGAUUUUCAACAUAUGUAUGAAGAGAAGAGGGGCAAAAAUGUUUCUGGUAAGAAAGUUGAGAAAUUUCCAGAUUUUGUUUCUUCGAGGGAUGAAGAAGUUUCUAAAGAUGAUAACAUGAUCCAGGCUAUAAAGAAGAUCCUUGAUGAGAAUUUCCAUGACAAGGAAGAAGGGCAGUCACCAACUCUCUUGUAUAAGAAUCUUUGGCUUGAGGCAGAAGCUGAAUUGUGUUCCAUUCGUUACAGAGCUCGCCUUGAUCGUAUGAAAAUAAGGAUGGACAAAAGCAAGUCAGACACAGAAAAAUGUGUGUCCGAAAAUACUACUGUUGAAGAGCAACAUUCAAGCGUGGAGGUUUUUCCUAAUCCAAACAUGCCUAGCACAUUAAGAUCUGAGGCGAAAGAAAGCCCAUCACUGAAAGACCCCAUCCAGGAUUUUCCUAGUUCUAGCUCAACCAGCCAUGUUGAUGAUGUUGAGGCUUCUGUCAUGACCAGAUUUAAUAUCCUAAAAUGCCGGGAUGACAAUACAAAUUCCAUUAACAGGGCAGAGCAACCACAGGCGAAAGAAAGCCCGUCACUGAAAGACCCCAUCCAGGAUUUUCCUAGUUCUAGCUCAACCAGCCAUGUUGAUGAGGUUGAGGCUUCUGUCAUGGCCAGAUUCAAUAUCCUAAAAUGUCGGGAUGACAAUACAAAUUCCAUUAACAGGGCAGAGCAACCACUGCCAGAGGUUGGUGACACUGGAUUUGCAGGUAAGAGAAACCAUUGGCCAUUUACUGAAUACCAAUCAAAGGAUGGAUGCUUGGAUUUGGCUGUGGGACCGCAUCUGGAGCAUGAGACUGGCAAUGGUAGCAGAGACAAAUUUGGGUCGUAUAGAGAUGGUUCUGAACAUCUAAUUGUCAGAGAGUUCCGUGCUUGUGUCAAGGAUGACUCAGUGAUCCAAUCUCAUAUGAACAAUAAGUUGGCUGACCAGUUUUUUGCUGGAUGGUAUGAUAACUCUGCAUCAGAUUGGGAAAAUGUGCUGAAGGAUGAGUUUGCAUUGCCAAAGUGAGGGACAUAAGUUGAGGAUCUGAGUAGUAGUCCUGAAUAGGUAAACAGUUUCUACUUGUUCCCUUUUUGGUCCUAAUGGCAUUUAUAAGUACUAACUGAUGUAUAUUUGUACAAGUAGGAGAUAAUCUAUGAAAUUGUAAAAAGCUUUUGAACUCAAACCAGAUUUUACACGAGGUACUCUUAAUGUCCUUGAAUUAUCCUCUAUUUGCGGUU